AUGGGCCGGUACAAGAUGGACCUCCUAACCCUAACGGACGCCAUGGCUCUGCCCCGCCCAUCCAUGUCCGCCCUGCCCACCUCCCCCGUCCUCGACCUCGACGCCGCCGGGCAUCUCAUCGUCGUCUCCAAUCGCCUCCCGGUCACCAUCAGCAAGGAUGCCGGCGGCGAGUACCACUUCAAGAUGUCCUCCGGCGGCCUCGUCUCCGCCCUCUCCGGCUGCAAGAAGACGAUGUCCUUCACCUGGAUAGGCUGGCCCGGCUUCUUUAUUCCGCCCAAGGACAGACCGAUCGUCGACCGCCGUCUCAUGGACGAGUACUCCUGCCAGGCCGUCUACCUCGACGACGACGUCGCCGACCGCCACUACAACGGCUUCUCCAACUCCAUCCUCUGGCCGCUCUUCCACUACCACCCCGGCGAGAUGAACUUUGACGAGGAGAACUGGCUCGCCUACCGACAGGCCAACAUGGCCUUUGCCCAGGUUAUCCUCAAACAGCUCAUCCCCGGCUCCAUGGUCUGGGUCCAGGACUACCACCUCAUGCUCCUCCCCAUGCUCCUCCGCACCCUCAUCGACCACGUCAACGUCUCAGACCUCGACCGCAUACUCGACGGCAUCGAACUCAAUGAUGUCCACCGCACCCGCAUCCACAACGUCAAGAUCGGCUUCUUCCUCCAUACUCCCUUUCCCUCCAGCGAAAUCUACAGAAUUCUCCCAGUCCGGCGCGAGAUCCUGCUCGGAAUCCUCUACUCGGAUCUCAUCGGCUUCCACACCUACGACUACGCGCGGCACUUUCUCUCCUCAUGCACGCGCAUCCUCGGCCUGCCGACGAUGCCGAACGGCGUCGAGUUCGAGGGACGGCUCGCGCACGUCGGGACGUUCCCCAUCGGCAUCGACCCGUCCUCGUUCAUCGACACCCUGAAAAAGGAGAGCGUGCAGAAGCGCAUACGGCAGCUCGAGAGGCGCUUCGACGGCGUCAAGGUCAUCGUCGGCGUCGACCGCCUCGACUAUAUCAAGGGCGUGCCCCAGAAGCUCCACGCGCUCGAGCUCUUCCUCACGCAGCACCCCGAGUGGAUCGGCAAGAUCGUGCUCGCGCAGCUUGCGGUGCCGUCGCGGCAGGACGUCGAAGAGUACCAAAACCUGCGCGCGACCGUGAACGAGCUCGUGGGCCGCAUCAACGGCCGCUUCGGCACGGUCGACUUCAUGCCGAUCCACUUUAUGCACAAGAGCCUGCCCUUUGACGAGCUCUGUGCGCUGUAUGCCGUCAGCGACGUGUGUCUCGUCAGCAGCACGCGCGACGGCAUGAAUCUCGUCUCGUAUGAGUAUAUCGCGUGCCAGCAGCAGCGGCAGGGCGUGAUGAUCCUGUCCGAGUUUGCGGGCGCGGCGCAGAGCCUGAACGGGAGCAUCGUCGUGAACCCGUGGGACUCGCAGCAGGUCGCGGACGCGAUCUUCGAGGCGGUCACCAUGGACGCGGAGACGCGCGCGGAGAACCACCGGAAGCUGUUCAAGUACGUGAACAAGUACUCGGCGGCGUUCUGGGGGACGUCGUUCGUGCGCGAGAUGACGAAGCUGCGGACGGAGGACGCGGAGGGCCCGCCGCCGCCGUCGCCGCAGGCGCUCAAGAGCGGGCAGGCGGAGCUGCAUAUCAAGCGGGAGGACGUGCGCGGGAGCACGAUCGUGGACGGGAACGUGCCGCUCACCCCGCCCGUGAACGCGCUUGCGCCCGCGAACGCCGCGUAG